AUGGGUUGUGGAUCUGGUAAACCUGUGGAAGUUGAUAAUCCAAACAAGAGUAGUUAAACUUAUUUUACACUUAGUUAAGGAUGUUGCUCAUUUCUAAAUUUCUACGUCAGGCAUGGUUGCUGAAAAACAAGGAUCAAUAUUAAAUGAUUAUACUCUCCUUAAACCUCCUAUUGGAAAAGGUUUUAAUUAAUUAAUAUACUUAGGGGCAUUUGGAGAAGUCAGAAAGGGCAUCCAUAAAGUUACAAAUCAAAUUAGAGCUAUAAAAGUAAUUUCGAAAGAAAAAGCAAGCAAAGCAGAAGUAGAAAGAUUGAGAAUAGAGAUUGAAAUCUUAAAACGAUUAGUAACACUUAAUUAAAACAAAAGGAUCAUCCAAACAUAAUAAAAAUUUAUGAGUUCUAUCAGGAUCAUAAAAAUAUAUAUAUAGUAACAGAAUUGUGUACAGGAGGAGAACUUUUUGAUAAAAUUUAAGAUCAAUAAGCUUUCUCUGAGAGAAAGGCAGCAGAGACUAUGAAACAAAUUCUUAGUGCUGUUAAUUAUCUUCAUAAAAGUAAGAUAGUACAUAGGUUUAUAAUUAUAUAUUAAUGAAUUAGAGAUUUGAAACCAGAGAACAUUUUAUAUGAGGCAAAUAAGCCUUAAGCACUAUUAAAGAUAGUAGAUUUUGGUACUAGUAGAGUAUUUGAAGCAGGUUACAAAAUGAAUUAGAAAUUGGGAACUGUAUAAAUAUAUUUAAUUAAAAAAAAGCCUUAUUAUAUAGCACCUGAAGUUUUGGAAAGAAAAUAUGAUGAAAAAUGUGAUGUAUGGUCAUGUGGUGUGAUAUUAUAUAUUUUACUUUGUGGACUUCCACCAUUUAAUGGUGAAAAUGAUGAAGAGAUUUUAGAAAAUGUUAGAGAAGGUUAAUUAACAUUUGAUGGAGAAGAAUGGAAUUAAAUUUCAUAUGAAGCAAAAUUACUGAUUACAAAAAUGUUAGAAAGAGAUCCUAAAAAGAGGAUUAGUGCUGAAUCAGCUUAAAGAGAUCCAUGGAUAACUACAUAUGUUAAAAAGACUGAGAUGAAUUUACCUUAAUUAACAAAAGUUUUAAAUAAUUUAAGAAAUUUCAGAGUGGAAAAGAAAUUCUAAGAGGCUGCAUUAACUUUCAUGGUUAAUCAAAUGGCUACAAGUUAAGAGAAAUAAGAAUUAUUAUAAUAAUUUUAAGCACUUGAUUUAAAUGGAGAUGGAAGACUUUCAAAAGAAGAAUUAAUUAUUGGUAUUUAAUAAUAUAUAUAUAUAUGAUAGGAUAUUCAAAAGUAAUGAGUUAUACAGAUGCAGAAUUAGAAGUGACUAAAUUAAUGAAAUAUAUAGAUUAAGAUAAAAAUGGAAGUAUUGAUUAUUCAGGUAAGAUAUGUAUAUAUAAUUAUAUAUAGAAUUUGUUUUGGCUACAUUUAAUAAGGUGAAACUUAUUGAAGAUGCAAGAUUAGAAUAAGCAUUUAGAAUGUUUGAUAAAGAUGGUAGUGGUUCAAUAUCAAUUGAUGAAAUCAAAGGAAUAUUUGGAUGUAAUGAAGCAGCUGUUAGUGAUGAAGUAUGGAAGGAAUUAUUGGCAGAAGUUGAUGCAAAUGGUGAUGGAUCUGUAUUAAUUUUAUUUAUUUUAAGAUAUCCUUUUAAGAGUUUAAAGAAAUUAUUAUCAAAGCAAUCAAUGCUAAUAAUCCAGAUUAAAAGACUGGAAAAUGA